CAUGGAUUCCGAGUUCAGUUUGUUCGAACUAGUAAAGAAGUAAACAUCUGAUCAUGCCGCUGGCAAAUCUGAAGUUAAGUCCUCACGACCAGCAAGUGCUAGAUUCCAUCUUCAAUCCCCUCGAGCUCAGCAGCAUCCACUCGCAGGAUUCCGUCCCCUCUGAAGAUUCUCUGAAGGAUGUGGAGCCGGAUAACGAAGGCACCAGAGCUUCCAGGGAGUUGGAGCUCAAAGCCAUUGAAUUAUCUGAAAAGGGGGAACUGAAAGAAGCCCUAGAUUUAUUCCGACAAGCACUAGAUCGGGCUUACAGAGCAUCUGUGCUGAAUAAUCGUGCUCAAACCCUACGUCUGGCAAAACGCGAUGUGGAGGCCCUGGAUGACUUGAACAGAGCCGUGGAGUUGGCCAAUGAUCAGCAGAUCCGGACCAAGUGCCACGCCCACUGUCAGCGAGGAGUGCUAUACCGCAAACUGGAUAAUUUGGAGGCGGCGCGUGCAGAUUUCGAGGCAGCAGCCCAGUUGGGCAGCAAAUUCGCCAGGGAACAGCUGGUAGAAAUUAAUCCCUUUGCGGCACUCUGCAAUCAAAUGCUUCGCCAGGCCUUCGAUCAACUCAAGUAGAAUGCGAUAAAUAAAUGUUUAAAAAAAUAUAUGUAUAUAAUAAGGCACUUUGUUUUGCUCGAAAACUGGUAGUUAGAAAAGUCCACCGUGUGAGUAAAUUAAAUAAAAUAAACCAGUUUACCGUCUAACUACAAAAUGGCGAAUUUUUUUAAUUUGCUGUGUUAAUGUCUGACAUAUAGACAAAUCUUAAAAAAAUUAUUAUAGUUAUAUAUUAUAUAAAUCAAUAGUAUCCGAAGUAUCAGCCAUUACAUUUUCACUAAUAAAAUCGACCAUUUUAUUAAUUGACCUAAAA